AUGGCUGCUGCUCAAAAGCCUGUGAGCAUUGAAGGAGGAACCACCUACAAUCUCCUGCCUCACCAGCAUAGCAUAGGCAAGGAGAAAGGAGCAAUGGCUCCGAAGCUGCAGGAUUUGGGGGAUGGGAGUCCAGAGAGGAACUGGAAGGGAAUUGGCAUUUCUCUACUGGUGAUAGUUGUGGUGCUGUCUUUAAUCAGCCUCUCCAUCUUUCUUCUGUCUAAAGAUGAUGGCUCUAAAGCUCUGGGGUCUGAUCUGACCUUGGAUGACCUUUUCCUCACUGAGUUUCAAGUUCACUCCCCCGAGGCCCAGUGGAUCAGUGCAGUGGAGCUUAUCUAUAAGUCCAGAGAUGGGAAUGUGAUAAAAGUAGACCUGCGGACCAAUCAGACAGAGCUGAUAAUGAAAGACACUAUGUUUGCAACAUUUAAAGCGUCCUGGUUUGCAGUGUCACCAGACCUGAACUAUGUUCUACUAACAUACGACAUCAAAAAGGUUUAUCGAUACUCCUUCCUGGCCUCUUACUUGAUCUACAAUUUGCAUACAAGAGAAGUGCACGAGCUGAAUCCUCCUGAGGUGUGGAAUUCUGUCCUGCAGUUUGCAUCCUGGGGGUCUAAGGGGCAACAGCUAAUAUAUAUCUUUGAGAAUAACAUUUACUAUCAGCCAGAUGUGAAGAGCAGCUCUCUCAGACUGACAUCAUCGGGGCGAGAGGCGCUGGUGUUCAACGGCAUCCCUGAUUGGUUGUAUGAGGAAGAGGUACUGCGCUCACCUGUAGCUCACUGGUGGUCUCCUGCUGGAUCCAGUCUGGCCUUUCUCACUCUCAAUGACACACUCGUACCAAACAUGGUACUGCCAUGUUUCACUGGGGCUCUCUACCCACGCGGACCUCAGUACCCUUAUCCAAAGACUGGCCAGGUAAACCCUACAGUGAAAUUGAGUGUGGUUAUUCUGGAUGGCUCCUCUCACACUAUUGAGUUGCUGCCUCCUAAGAGCCUGGAGAAAAGUGAGUACUACAUUACUAUGGUGCAGUGGGUGUGUGAUGAGAAGGUGACUGUGCGUUGGCUGAACAGAGCUCAAAACACCUCCAUUCUCACACUCUGCAACAAACACACCGGAGAGUGUGCAAGGAAGCAUGUCUUGACAUCAGACAAGUGGAUCGACCACCAGAAUGAGAAGCCUGUGUUUUCUAAAGAUGGAGCAGCAUUCUUUGUGACAUUGCCCAUAAAGCACGGUGCCAAUGGGUCCUUCCAUCACCUUACCAUGAUGUCAGAGCAGGGUACAGGUGCAGAGGUCACUAUACGACACCUGACUUCUGGGAGCUGGGAGGUAACUAAAAUACUGGCCUACGACGAAAGCCUGAGCACUGUUUAUUUCCUCAGCACAGAGGGCGGAGCCUCAAACAGACACCUCUACAGGGUGAGCACAGUGAGUCCCUUCCACCGUGAGUGCCUGACAUGCUCCUUAUUUAAACCUCAGUGUUCGUACUAUGACAUCUCGCUGAGCCCAGAUUCCCAGAAGGCAAUGCUGCUCUGCGCAGGACCUGGUGUUCCCAGAACUACCAUACACCAGCUCAGUGACAUUACCCGUUAUAUGACUUUAGAUUCUGGUCUGGAGUUGAGAGAAACCCUCCGAAAGAGAAGGAUCCCACGCCGAGAAAUCAGAACUUUAUUCCACAAUAACCAUGAAUUGCACCUGGAAAUCAGCCUUCCUCUGGAUUUCAAUGAAAGCUGUCAGCAUCCCCUACUCUUCAUACUUGACAGUGAACCUGGGAGUCAGCAGGUAAAUGAGCGCUUCCGUCUGGACUGGGACUCUGUGUUGGUGAGUUCUCAUGAUGUCAUUGUGGCUCGCCUGGACGGCAGGGGGAGUGGCUUCCGGGGUCAGAAGAUUCUCCAGGAAGUGCACACGCGCCUGGGUGUGAUGGAGGUCCAGGAUCAACUCGCUGCUUUGGAGUAUCUGGUGAAGAAGCCCUAUAUUGAUGGAAACAGGGUUGGAGUCUUUGGCAAGGCAUAUGGUGGUUUCUUGAGUUCCAUUCUUCUCCUGUCCCAUGGGUCUCAUUUCCGCUGUGCUGUUGCUAUGGCACCCAUCUUUGACUGGAGACUCUAUGGUUCUGCAUUUACUGAGCGAUAUUUUGGAUUCCCAGCCAAUGAUGAGUCCAAAUACCAUAUUGCUAGUCUGCUGCCAAACACCACCAGCUCUGAGCAGGUGAAGUUUCUCAUCAUCCACGGUACAGCUGAUGCCUCUGUGCAUUUCCAGCACUCUGCAGAGUUGGUGAAGCAGUUAUCUGUGCUUAAUGUAAACCACACACUGCAGAUUUUUCCAGAUGAGGGCCAUGACAUCAGCAGCAGACACUACAUGCUGAGAUCAGUCAUAACCUUUUUUAGAGAGUGCUUCUAUGACAAGACUCCUGUUACCGUGGAAACAAGGGAGGAUGACUAGCCUCUGUUGCUAUGGGUGAUCUGUACUAGCCCAGAGAGUGGGCAGUAUUUCCAAGCAAGAUGGCUGCCCUAACAGACGUAGUUUACAUGGACGACUUUAUCCUAAUUUCACCUGCACCUUCCAACAUGCCGGAGGGAAGAAAGAAUCUCUUUAGUGACAGGCUUAGUCACUAAAGGCAUAGUCCCACUGAGCCACACCUCUGGCAGACUACUGAAACUGUUUAAGAGGAAUAGCUGCAUUCAUAAUGGUGUUUUUGGAAUGUCCCAGGCUGUGUCGGGAUCGAAUGUGCUGGUAUGGGUGUAUAGAACUACAAUUAGUACAUUUAUGGAAUCCAAUUGUCACUUUUAGCUAAGCUAUUGGCUCUCUUCAUUUCUAAGACAUUCAGCUUCAUAUUGUCAAGAGCAAAUUAAGCUUACAAUAAUGGACAAUAAUGGAGCUAUACUACACAGACACAAAUAAUGGAGCAAUACUAAAUGCAGACACAAAUAAUGGAGCUAUAUUAAAUAAACACAGACGCAAAUAAUGGAGCAAUACUAAACACAGACGCAAAUAAUGGAGCUAUACUAAACACAGAUACAAAUAAUGGAGGAAGAAGGCUCUUAGGAUUAAGUGUUCAUAUAUGUAUUGAUUUUGAGCUUUAGAGCAAAGGGUGAUGACUAGCGAGGAGAUGUCAAGAGGACUUUAUUGUAUCAGAUUUCACUUUCCUCUACAAAAGUAAUCUGAGUGAAUACAAAAAGAAAGUUAAGAAGACAUUGAGAUGGUAGAUGAUGCAGCUCUUCACAAGUUAAGAUAAUUGAUGUAUUAUUAUCUCAGUGAAUGGAGAGAUUUGUUAACUAAUAUUACUGGCAAAGUUUGGAUUUUUGAUGAUUGCAAAUAUUUUUUCUACUUUCUUAACUUGCUUUAUACUGUUGACAGGAUCCAUAAUAACCUCGUUAUUACAGCACUCCAGUGUAGCAACAUGUACUUCCUUAUUCAAAAAAAUAUUUUAAGGAUAUGGAUACUACCACAAUCAUCUACUUUAAAGCAGUAAUGGUAAAUAGUAGUGUACAUUCACUUAGGUGGCACAAUGAACACUUCAUUUAUCACACAUGAAGCAGGAGCAUACCACCACAUAAGACAUUUCUGGGUCUCAGUUUUAUUCAUGUUUUUUUUUGUUUAUGAUAUGUUUUUGGGGUAUCACUUCCUGCUUAAGGUAAGUGGACCAGCAAAAGACUGGGAUGUGGCAUUGGUUUGCUUUUUAUUACCUAGUAAAAGUUAUUAGGCUUUUUAAUGUUUAAACUGCAGUGACUAUCAGAACUGUUUAUGCCUUCAGCUCAGUGUUAUAAUACGUUGCAGUCAUAAACACCAAGCAUACUGACUGUACAUACACACAUUUAAAUACGCAGUGAGAUGGUUGUAUUAAGGUCUACUGUUUGAAAAUUACAUGUUUGUGUUAUAUAUCAUACAAAUGUUCAGCACAGGUUUACCAGGAUUAUCUUACUAUCAGAUGUGCUUUCCUCAUGUAGGAACUUAUUAGAGCUGUCACCAAAAAGUGUCCAUUUUUAAAUUCUAUUCUUUAAUUUUAAAUAAGGCAUAAAUAUGGGCUUUUUCUUUUCUGUUUUUUCUUUCUGUGACAGUUCCAUCUCUAGCAAGGCUGUAUCACAUUUUAACUGCAUAAUGAUUACACAGUAAAUGAUGGAUUUUCAUCAAAUGUUUUAUGACAUUAAAACAAAUCCAUAAACGUAUUCUUGAAUUUCCAUUCCAUGUUAUGUAUGAGGCUGAGAAAAUUAUCAAAACUCCUAAAAGAUUAAAUGUACAUAAAAUAUAUUCUAAGUGUAUUCAAAUUUGCAGAACAUUGUGCCUUCAUGUAUCAUGAUGUUUAACAGUAAUUAACAUUAUAAUAAUAUAUCUUUUAAUAUAGCUACAUUACAUAAUGACUGUUACAUUUAGAUUGGCAUUUACAGCAUUUGAUAGAUUCAUGGUCUGCUAAAUGUUUUGUUUCAUGUGACCUUUUUCUUUGAUUGCACUGGUGUAUUGUCACACUUGC